CCCUGGCUCUGGUAUUUCCCUUGUGGGCGGGGCUGUCGGGCACAUCGAGCACAUCGAGUCCUCUGUUCCCCUGAUCUGUCAAAACACAAAGCAGCCUACAUCAGAGGAAGGACCUACCGUUAAAGUACAUCGAGUUUAUAAAAAGUCGGAGCUUUGGUUUCCCGGAGACUCGGAGAGGGCGACGCGGUGACGACAGAGAAGAAGAAGAAGAAGUGGUCCUCCUCCCCUUCGUCACCCGCUCUCGAACGCCAUGGCUCUGUUCUUCUCCAGGGCCGUCACCAGUUCUCCAAUCAAACAGCGGCCCUCGCAGGCCGACCAAUCAUUUCAGAGCCUGGACCUGUCGCUCCUCUCCGACGACUCCUCCUACUCCUGCUACUCCUCCAACCCGGCGGGGGGCUCCCCCUGCUCCUGCCGCCGCUCCCGCCGCCUGCUCACCAACGGCUACUACGUCCUGGGGGAGGACAGCGUGGUCUGGGACGACCAGGGCAAUAUCUCCCUCACCCCUACCAAGACCAACGUGUCCUACAAGGAGAACCUGGUCAGAGUGUUCCGGCGUAAGCGGCGCUCCCGGCGCUCGCUAGCUAGCCUGCUCAGCGGCGUGACGGAGACGUGUCAGACGUGGCUCGACGAGAAGGUGUUCGGGGGCGUGUUCACAAGCGCCGACGCCGACGCCGACGCCGACGAACCGACCCGGAUGGAGCUCAGCACGCCAGAACCUGAGAGCACCUUCAGUUUUACCUACGACCCCAGCGAGAUCAUCUCCCCACCACAGAAGGAGGCCCCUCCCCCCCGGAUCCUCUUCCAGGAGGAGAUCUGCACUGAGACCUGUCACUCACAUGAGCAGUUCACCCAAUCACUGGGUGGCCUUUCCGAAGUCCCGCCUACCCCUCUGGUCUUUCACAGUAACAGCUGCUGUUCCUCACCAGAAAGACAGACAGGUUCAUCGACGAUGAAGUCCUUGCUCAGCUUCCUCUUCACCUUCUUCAUCUGUGCCUCCCUCCUCUCCUGGUCGCUGCUGUGGGCAGCAGCAUCUGCUGCGCUCAUCACCGUCCUGGCCUUCAUGCUCUUCAGUAAGACGGGACCGAUGGGUGGAUGGAGGACAGCCAAGACGGAGGAUAUCACGUCGAAGAAUGAGUAGACACGGGCGUCGUCCACGGCAACCGCCCCCCCCCCCCCCCGGUUUCCUGGAACACACACACAUACUCAAAUGCACAUACACACACAUUGAUGCAACUAUCUAUGGAGCAUUCAAGUAAAAACUGGGAUAGGAGUUAAUGUGGGAGGUACAAGAUUUAGAGUAUUUUAUUAUAUGUUUGAAUGAAUUAUCUGCAUGUGAGUUGCACCUAAAAGAAUGACGGCGAGCUCCGUAAGGACUUCAGAUGGUUAUCUAUGAAUUAAAACAUAUUUAUUAAAAAAUAAAUAUAAAGAUUGUUGCCCCUAAAAUAGGGGCCUUAUAAACAAAAGGCUGUUCUUCAAAUAUGGCUGACAAUUGACUCAAAUUUGAGAUUAUUAGUUUGUUAAACUUUGACCUCGCUAGUCUCACUCGAUAACAAAAAGUCACCAGAACCUGCAGAGCUCGCAGUGCUUCAGAUAAGAUGAUGUAACUCUUUUUUUACUGUACUUUUUAAAAGUCGUACAUUAUAUUCUAUUUGUAGAUUAGCUUGGCCUUUUUGGGGGCUUUUCAAAGUGACCAAUUCUUUCAGGAUAAUAUUGCCCUGAAUGAAAGAAAAACGUAAACAGAAUCAGGUCCAGAUGUUGAUGAAGAGCAGCAUUGAAUAGUUACUUCUAACUAUUUUCUACUUAGUGUUCAGUAUUGGCUGAGAGAGCCAGUACCCAUGUAACUUCAACUACCUGUAAACAUUACCUGUCUAAGGUUAACGUGCCAUAUUUUUCCUGUGAAAACUAGGAAUGAGGAGUUUUGUUCCAAAAUAAAAUAAACAUCAUUCCUGUGCCUAAAAUUGGGACUGUUAUCAGAAAUAGCAGUUUUCCGCAAGUAGCUCUCUGAAAACGGUAAUAAAUGAGCUUGACUUUUUUACAAGCUCUCGCUAACAACAACUAUAUCCAAUGGUGAGAUAUUGUUUGUUUUUGUAUAUUAUGUUUUGUAACAAAACUCUUCAGCUUUCUAAGUGCCUUUGUUCACGAUAGCCAAUAGGAUUCCCUAGACUGCAUUGUGGAUGAUUGGAAAAGACUCUUGCCAAUCUGAAUAGACAGCAAUAACUCUCUAUAUAUAUAUAUAUUUCUCCUAAAAGGAGACUUUUUAAAAUGAAAUGUGUCCUAACAUUCAGGCCAGGGCGUCUCUAGUUCUAAAAUAAUCUAGGGCGUUUAAUUUACCCCUCCUGGUGUCCCAGGAGGGCGGGGGUUAAUGCCUCAGAAUAGGUUCCAAGGACAAACAUACCUGCGGACAACACCUGUCCACAUUAAGUCCUCCAUCGGCUGGAAGAACAUUGAGGGGACAGUGCCUUCAGAGAUGCGUGUUCUGCCCUGUAGGAUUCAAACCCCAACCCUACAGGUUUCUGCCAGCCUGAUGAAACCAAGAAAAUGUUAUCAUGGGGGUGAUAUCCAGCUAGUUAACUAGUUUAUUGUGACAUACUGUGUCAAUCAUUAAUGGCACCAAUUUGACCACAAGCUAUUUCUUAAUCAAUUUAGUGAUGUCACAAGUAGGAAAUGUCAACCCAAUUGAAUAACGGAUGGAUCAGCCUACCAGUUUUGGAGCAGUCCACUGAGUAGGCUGGUAGGUUGAGCUUCUUUUGGCUAAUCACCAUGACAGCUGGUGGGGAACAGACCUGUCAUUAAGAAGGUGACGAGAGUCAGCUGUUAAUGCUGCUCGAACUUACUCGUUGAACCCCGGUCUGCCAAAAUAGGUGACUGCUUGAUCCCAUUCUGAAAGAUUUAUAUUGAUAUAUUCUUCACUAUAUAUUGAACCAGCGAUAACUAAACGUAAGGCACCUCUGGUAGACAUGAACUGUGAGCUGUCUAGUGACUGGGUAGAUCGAGAGGAACUCGGAUCCGCCAGCAUUUUUUGUAAAAAGGCACAUUUUUAUGCUGUUUGUCCGCAAAAGAUGAAGUAUCCCGAUAAAUAAAUUGUUUUUCGUCAGGAAAAAUUGCGUGAAAGGUGAAUUGAGCGUAAGGGGAAUCGGGUUCAGAAGGAAUUUCAACCUUUAAUCAUGUCGGGGCCUCAGAUUACGCCAGGUUUAGUAGGAUGUUCGACCGAGGAAGGGGUGAAGUGUGCUAUCAGUCGCUGAAAGCACAGCUCACUCCUUCCUUUAUAUACUGUAAGGUUUUAUACUGUAAUGUCGGGGGUGUAUGUUAUUGGUCUGCCUCUGGUUCGUUCAGACACAACCAGUUAUGGUGUGGGUUGGAUCUAGAUUCGAUCCGGUUCAUCUGUGUUUUGAACCAGAUUACAUUCCUGUUGAAGAAUGUUGCGAUCGUAUUGAGUCUUCUCAAAGUGCCACCUUUCAUGGUGAACGGAUUCAACGUUAAUGAAAUGGCUUUGUGAUCGAUGAGCCUCACCUCGUAUCACCACAGCCGACCCAGUGAAUCUCUGGAGGAGAAUUGAGAAAACUAACAUUCCGGCAGAAUUGAUUUAAUGAGCGCUCUGCAUUUGAAACGGGCCAUGAUUCAUAUGCGCACAUUUGGGAUUCAUAGGGGCCGGAUAAGGGCUACUAGGCCUACUGUGAAUGCACGCAGUAGGAUAAUAUAAACAAUAUAAUGUGGAUGUUUGUCAAACCUGAUGCAAUGUUUUUAUAUGCAUUUGUGACUUAAGUGUUUUUGGUAUCUGUAUCUCUCUUUAUCUGAUAUAUCUAGAUAAUUUCAGAAUUGCCUUCACUUUUAUAGAAAUGCGAUGUCCUUAAAGUCCCUAGGAACAGC